CCUUCGACAACUUCAUCUCCACCGAUACGAGUUUCUACACCAGCGCCAACUUAUCUACCACCAUACGAUCAGGAAAUCCAAGUUUCUCAAGCUUCCGCUUCUUAUGCAUCAAGCAUGGCAUCGGCGAUAUCGUCCACCAAUGCGGUGACCAUAAUUGGACCAGAUGGAUAUAAUCCUGUAACAACAACAUCUGCACCAUCUUAUAUGGCAUAUGCAAGUUCAUACGGUUAUUCAACACCAAGUCCUAUUGCUGGUUACAGUUAUCCAACCCCUGCACCUGCUCCAGCUCCUAUACCUAGUUAUCCUGCUCCGGCUCCUGCACCUAGUUAUCCUGCUCCGGUUCCUAUACCUAGUUAUCCUGCUCCAGCUCCUGCACCUAGUUAUCCUGCUCCGGUUCCUCCACCUACUUAUCCCUCACCAUCUCCUCCUGUUACUGUUGGUUAUAAUUAUCCUGCCCCAGCACCCUCACCUAGUUAUCCUACACCUACUUAUCCAACACCUACGACUCCUGCAUAUGAUUAUUCUCCAAUAGUUAGACCUACUUAUCCUAGUUAUCCAGCUCCAGCUCCAGCUCCAGCUCCAGCUCCAGCUCCAGCUCCAGCUCCAGCUCCAAGACCAAUAUAUUCUUCACGACCUGGACCACGUUAUCUACCUCCAAUUGCUUAGAUUAAUUAUUUUACACCGGAAAUUAUUUAUCAUUAUCCAGUUGUUCAAUUCAACUGGAUAAUGAUCUGUUUGAACUCUGCAAUCAAUCU